AUGGGGUUCGCCGCCGUCAGUCUUGACUGCGACGUCAAAAAAAGCGACAGUCGCAAGGAGGAAAACCAAGAACGCGCCUUUGUUGCUGCUUCGCGACGCAAGGACCGCACACUGGAUGCUCGCCUGGAGUCAGCCAACCGCGCCUCCAUGCUGCACAAGAAGCGCACCGGCAAGGCUCUCCUCAUCACCAAAGAUAUCGUGGAAAACGAAGCCAUGUACGAAGAGAUUGAUGAGCGCUACCAGGAGAAGCGCAUGAAGCUCCUCAAAGACCAAACCAACCAGCUGGAGGCCCAGUUCCACCGUCACCUGGUCGCAACCUUGGCUAUCAGCCACCCAAAUGGCACCCACCAAAUGUCCCGUAUAUCGCCCACCGGCGGCAUCCAGAAGGUGCGCGGUAUGUCACCGGCUCAAUCAUAUUUUGCCCAGCAAGCUGUGGCUCCCAUGUCCCCACUGAAGCCGGAUCCAGCAAGUGCUACCUUUGGCGCAUUUGCUCUACCCUCGCCUCCAGCCGAGUCGUAUGUGCAAACUCACCAGCCCUACGCUUCAUAUAUGCCCGCACAAGUCCCCAUGUAUAUGUCUACGCCGCAGUUAAAUCCAUCCUGGAAUACCACAUCCGCCGACGCGGUUCAAUCAUUUCUAGCUACCCAACAGCCGAUCAACUCCCAGGAAAUAAGUCAGCCACCACCGUUCCGUUCUCGAUUUGCAUCCGUGCCAGAUGUACUCCUGUAUCAGCAGCAACAAAAUAUGGCACUUGCAAUGCCAGAUGUGUCUCGCGCGCAAUCUGAGCCCCACCAGUCUGUUCUAGAGACUAACGAGGGUCAAAUGGCCUCGGCCUUUACAAACUUUGCCCUUACUCCUGAUCUAUCCCCCCACCCAUGA